CAAGGCAUUUCAAUUUACCAUUUGGAAACAGGAGAAAAACAUAAGAGGGCAGAGUUGAUCUCUUGAGCUUUCCACAAUCCUAGCAAAUCCAACAAGAUGAACUAGCCAGUAUUUACAUCUAAAAAGCUAUUCUGUUGAGAAUUCUUGUCCGGGAAGAAAACAAAAUGCUGUUGGCAGAUCUCGACGAUAAGUUAUCCAAGCUGACUUCAUUCACCUCCCCCUCGAGUUGUUGCAUCUACAGAGUUCCGGAGCGUCUAAUUAACAUAAGUGAAAGAGCUUACACGCCUCAGGUAGUCUCCAUCGGUCCUUUCCACCGUGGCAAGGAAAAAUUGAAGUUCAUGGAAGUAGAAAAACAGAGAUACCUGAAGGAGUUUCUCGAUCGAACGAAAAUAAAAUUGGAGGAGCUUGCUAACUUAAUCACAGUUGAUAUGGAAGCGAGAAUACGAAGCUGUUAUUCUGAAGAAAUACCAAUGGAUCGCAAAACAUUUGUUGAAAUGAUCCUGCUGGACUCCAUCUUCAUCAUUGAAGUCUUGUUGAGGAACAACUACAAGACACUGAUAAAUGAGAAGCAAGAUCACAUUUUUAUGCAGCCAUAUUUGAUACAAGACAUUUGGUAUGAUAUGUGGUUGCUUGAGAAUCAAAUUCCAUUCUUUAUUCUUGACGAAUUUCUCAACCUGAGCGAGGUUGUUAGCACUAUCCCUGUCGAGACUGACUACCCAACAAUCAUCUAUCUUACUUACAAAUUCUUCGAGAGUUUGGAGGCAGUAAAUGGGAAAUUAAAGAUGUUGGCGGAUUGUAAGGAAGAAGUGAAACAUUUCACUGAUUUUUUGAGAAUUUGUCAUCUGCCAUCGGAACGGCCGCCUCGCCCGAGAGAAAAAAAGGCUAUAACGGCGCCAAGCGCGACACAGCUUCAUCAAGCUGGAGUCAAAUUCAAAUUGAGCCAAAGCAAUGAGUCAUUCGACAUAAAAUUCGAAAGGGGCACUUUGCAUAUUCCGCAAAUGAAGGUCCAGCUUGAAACUGAAUCGUUGUUUCGAAAUUUGAUUGCCUUUGAACAGCGGCAUAGCACUGACAAUUAUAUCAAUGAUUAUGUUUUCAUCAUUCAUCAUCUUGUGAAUACGCCCGAAGAUGUGGAACUACUUGUGGAGAACCAGAUUAUUGAGAGUUGGCUGCCGGAUAAAGAGGGAGUAUCGAAGCUUAUCAAUAGCCUUUCAGGCGGGAGUACUCUGAAUCCACAGAACUUCUAUUUUUCGAAGCUUUGUGAAGAUUUGAAAGAGUAUUGCGAGAAAAGAUACAACGUGUGGAGGGCAAAUCUGAAGCAGAACUAUUUUAACACUCCUUGGUCUAUCAUUUCAGUCUUUGCCGCUAUUUUCCUGAUUCUGCUCACUGUUCUACAAGCUGUGUAUUCUGUUCUCCAAGUGCAGCUUCAAUCAAACAAGUGUUGAUGAUUGAAUCAUCACUACUCUUUCUGUUUCUUGUUAUCCUGUUAAUUCUCAUUCUAAGAAAAAACAUUUAAUAAUUUGUGUUAUGUAAAUAUCAUAUCAGAUCAUGAUAUCAUUCCAGUAAUAAAAAUUUUAUGUUCAUUUCUCUCUCUCAGCCA